UGAUGUUUACAUUGCUAAAACACAUCCUUUGCCCCCAAAGGCUCUAUAACGGCUCAUUAGAUUAGAAAUACACAUCAAUCCUACCAGACGAACACCAAACAUGGAAUUCCAUUUGCAAAAUUAAGGGAACUAAUCCAAUUCAGUCAGCCGUUAUUUUUCCAUUUCGCUUCCCCCAUUAUUUGAAUGGUAGUUACCUUGUUGAGCUUUCUAUAUAGUGGCUGUAGAACUCUGGAAUUUCUAUUUACAAUCUAGCAGGGAACCUCCCGACGUGAACUAACAUCAGAUACACAAAGUCCACUGGGCAUGUAGGUUCAAGGACCAGUCAACCCCACUAACAAGUAUUAAUCUGCAACGGGGAAAACUUGAGAAGAUGCCAGAACAAAGUAAUGAUUAUAGAGUGGUGGUGUUCGGAGCAGCCGGGGUUGGGAAGAGCUCCUUAGUCCUGCGGUUUGUCAGAGGGACUUUCCGAGAGACCUACAUCCCGACUGUAGAAGACACUUACAGACAGGUGAUCAGCUGCGAUAAAAACAUCUGCACCCUCCAGAUCACAGACACGACGGGAAGCCAUCAGUUCCCUGCCAUGCAGAGGCUGUCCAUGUCCAAGGGCCAUGCCUUCAUCUUGGUCUACUCUGUCAGCAGCAAGCAGUCGAUGGAAGAACUGCAGCCCAUCUACGAGCAGAUCUGCCAGAUCAAGGGGGACAUACAGAAAAUUCCCAUCAUGCUGGUGGGAAACAAGUGCGAUGAGACUCAGAGAGAGGUGGAGGCCAGUGUGGGGGAGAGCCUGGCCAGCAAGUGGAAGUGCUCCUUCAUGGAGACAUCGGCCAAAAUGAACUACAACGUGCAGGAGCUUUUUCAAGAGCUGCUGAACCUGGAAAAGAGGAGGACGGUGAGUCUUCAGUUGGAUGGAAAGAAAUCGAAGCAACUAAAGAAAAAAGAGCGUCCCAAAGGGAAAUGCUCUCUCAUGUAAUCCCAUGUAACGUAAAUGCCCACUGCUGGGUAUGUUUCACUGCAUGGUAUCAUCGAGCCAUGCACUCGGUAAAAGACUUGCCUAUUUUACAAAUUACAGUAAAGCACGUACAGUACAUCUUGCUGGACUGUUGCAGACAAACAAGGGAAGAACAAAAGUGCUUUAAAUGUGUGUAGGUCUUUAUAAACUCAUCCUGGUAACUUAAGCUUUCAUUACCAUAUCUGCUAUAAACAUGUGCACUUGAGGUAGAGACUGGAGCUUUUUUUUUCAUUUAACCAAAGACAUGCUUUUGUUAUAUGAAUACAAUGUAAUCAGAUUUUGCAUAUGCACAUGUUUAUGCAGCUUUUAGAAAUGUCGGACUAAAGCAUGCAUUUAAUGCAUAUUCACAUGGGAUUAAAAUUGCGCAAAUGCUUUUUUGAAAGAAUAUCUUAAAAUGUUAAGUAAAAUCUCUUGCGCCCCUUAACCGUUUGCACUGUGUUUUCAUUUUUACGUUGUAUAGUGAUUCCCAUGGCACUUAAAGC